AUGCAAAGGCCUGGAAUUGGUCGCGGUAAAUUUGGAUUGGGAAGAGGGAGAGUGGGAGGUAAAGCCCGUGAAGGAACGAGGGAAGGGGAAAGGCCAGAAGAUACAGUCCGCAGGCACAGUUACUCUUGCAAAUUUUUCAGUAGGGUCAGACACCAUUUCCCUUGGGGAUGCCCAAUACAUAUUUGCAGCAUUAACAGAAAUCGGGACCCGGCAUUGUUUGGGACUCUGGGGCCAGGCAUCCCACACGCAGGGAUCCAACGAGCAUAUCCACCCAGGGCCACCUGGGGGGCGGCGGUGGGCGUGGCCCAGGCCCCGAAGUGGCCCCCGCCGGUCCCCGCGGGCGGGCAGGAGCUCGGAGGCCAUUGGCUGGCGAGCUGGCGGCGCAGGGGCGGGGAGCGCCGCCGAAGGGGACUGUUUGCUCCUACGGGCUGUAGAUGGAGCUGUCCGGCCCCGGCGAGGGGGAAGGCGCCUGGAAAACGUUCUUCUUCUCCCUGGCCGGCCCGAGCGGGGAACAGCACUCCCAGGAUGCAGUUUGUGUCAACACGGCCGCAGCCUCAGCAGCUGGGCAUCCAGGGCCUGGGGCUGGACAGCGGGAGCUGGAGCUGGGCCCAGGCUCUGCCCCCGGAGGAGGUCUGCCACCAGGAGCCGGCGCUGCGCGGGGAAAUGGCCGAGGGAAUGCCGCCCAUGCAGGCUCAAGAAUGGGACAUGGAUGCCCGGCGACCGAUGCCUUUUCAGUUCCCGCCCUUCCCAGAUAGGGCACCCGUCUUCCCUGACCGCAUGAUGAGAGAGCCCCAGCUGCCCACAGCAGAGAUCUCGCUCUGGACCGUGGUGGCCGCCAUUCAGGCCGUGGAGAGGAAGGUGGAUGCCCAGGCCAGCCAGCUGCUAAAUCUGGAGGGGCGGACAGGCACCGCCGAGAAGAAGCUGGCGGACUGCGAGAAGACGGCCGUGGAGUUCGGGAAUCACAUGGAGAGCAAGUGGGCCGUGCUGGGGACCCUGCUGCAGGAGUACGGGCUGCUGCAGAGGCGGCUGGAGAACAUGGAGAACCUGCUGAGAAACAGGAACUUCUGGGUGCUGAGACUGCCGCCAGGCAGCAAGGGGGAGGUCCCCAAGGUUCCGGUGACAUUUGUCGACAUCGCUGUCUACUUCUCUGAGGAUGAGUGGAAGAACUUGGACGAGUGGCAGAAGGAGCUUUACAACAACCUUGUCAAGGAGAACUACAAAACCCUGGUGUCCCUGGACGCAGAGGGCGCAGUGCCCAAGCCGGAUGCGCCAUCCCAGGCGGAGCCCAGGGAAGAGCCUUGCGUGUGGGAGCAGCGAGACCCAGAAGAGCGAGAAAUCCUAAUGGAUCCAGACACAGGAGCGGAGCCCCUGGUGCCUGCACAGGAUUCGUCCUCUCAGGUAAAGCGGGAGGAAGCCCUAUGUGUCCGGGGCCAGCGGGGCCUGGAGGAAAGAGCCGUCCCCACGGAGUCCAUUACUGACUCACCAGCCUCCGCCCAGGACCUCUUGUCCCGGAUUAAACAGGAGGAGCACCCGUGCGUAUGGGAUCAGCAGGAUCUGGCAGAGAGAGAUAUUCCAACGGACCCCAAUUCAGAGUCUCUGAUCUCAGCACAUGACAUUCUGUCGUGGAUCAAACAGGAGGAGCAGCCAUACCCGUGGGGCCCACGUGACUCCAUGGAAGGAGAGCUCGGAUUAGACUCUGGCCCCAGUGACAGCCUGCUGCUGGUGAAGAACCCGCCCCCCGCCCCACAGCAGCCGCAGCAGCCGCAGCCGCAGCCGCAGCCGGCUCCACCGAGCCUGGCGGUGCUCCCGGCGGCCGAGACGGCGGCGGGCGGCGGGCCCCCGGACGACGGCUUCCCCGCGCUGGCCGGGGAGCGGGGCGCAGGCGGGGCGCAGGGGGGCGGCGGGGGCGCGGGCGGGGGGCCCGGGGGCGGCGGCGGUGGCUGCGGCAGCUGCUGCCCGGGCGGGCUGCGGCGGAGCCUGCUCCUGCACGGCGCGCGCAGCAAGCCCUACUCGUGCCCCGAGUGCGGCAAGAGUUUCGGGGUGCGCAAGAGCCUCAUCAUCCACCACCGCAGCCACACCAAGGAGCGGCCGUACGAGUGCGCCGAGUGCGAGAAGAGCUUCAAUUGCCACUCGGGCCUCAUCCGCCACCAGAUGACGCACCGCGGCGAGCGGCCCUACAAGUGCUCCGAGUGCGAGAAGACCUACAGUCGCAAGGAGCACCUGCAGAACCACCAGCGGCUGCACACGGGCGAGCGGCCGUUCCAGUGCGCGCUCUGCGGCAAGAGCUUCAUCCGCAAGCAGAACCUGCUCAAGCACCAGCGCAUCCACACGGGCGAGCGGCCCUACACGUGCGGCGAGUGCGGCAAGAGCUUCCGCUACAAGGAGUCGCUCAAGGACCACCUGCGCGUGCACAGUGGCGGCCCGGGGCUCGGCGCCCCUCGGCCUCUCCAGGCGCCACCAGAGCACGACUAGGGCUGGGCUGGGGGAGGGGAGGGCCCGGCGGCAGGAGCAGGGGGUGGGGAGCGGCCCCGGGCUGGGGGCGCGUCCGGAACACCCCCCCCCCCCCCAACCCGAUCCUGCCCGUGGUUCGUGGUUCUCGGCGCGCCUUCCCUCCCUCCUCCUGCCGCCCGCUGGAAAUUGGGAAGAGGAAUUGCACUCCAGACAGGGUCCUCUGGGGGGGGGGGGGUGGCAAGGGGGGGUUGGGCAGGGGGCCCCUAGACCUGUCCGGCCUGAACGGACGGCCAGCUCAUCUCAUAGGGUGGACCAAGGGGCCAGCUGAGCGUCUUCCCCAAGGGAAGGUGCCAGAGGGACAGUGAGGAGGCGACAGUCUUCGGGCACUCACCUCCGACACCUGGCGCGCCCCAUUGGCCGCGGGGGUCACAGACUGUGAUCAGGGGAAGCAACUAGGGAGUCCCAGAAGCCUUCUGAGCGAAAGAAAUGAGGUCCUAAGGUUAAGAGAUGCCGAGUAGGUUAGCCAAAGUGUGUCAGUGAAAUGAGGGAUGGGCUAAGGGGUAACGUGUCUUAUGACAGCACUGCCUCGCGUUCCAAUAGCGCUUUGUACUUUUUUAAACGUGUUUUCUAUCCGUCAGCCGUUUUUACCCUUAGCCUGUCCCUCUGAGGUGGAUGGGGUAGGAUCGUCCCCACUUGGCAACUGAGAGAAGAGAGACCCCAGAUGGAUGGCUUACCCAGGAUCCUGCAAGAAGAGUGGCAGGGCUCCUGGGCCCCAGAGCAGUGUCCCCCACCACACACACUGCCUACCUCCCGCGUCUGAGAGACUAUUCUGGCCUGGCCUCUCUCAGUCUCUCUCCUGCCUCCUUCCCCUGACCCACCAGAAAUCAGAAGCAGCGGGGGGCCAACUCCCCCGGUUACCCCGAGGCGGGGGACCAAGCAGCUCCGCGAUGCCCUGGCUGGUGCCUCCCAGAAAGGCUCUUCCUGUGUAGGCGCUCCCGGGCAGUAGGUCCCCUGCCCCCAGCCUGUUCUUCCCACCUCCGGUCCUUCAAUCCGGUGCGUCUUUUUACUGCACAGUAGUGACCCGGCCCUCCAGAGGCAGCCGGUGCCCUGGGUCAGACCUCACUUUGUUGAUUUAUUCCAGUUGAUUUAUUCCCAGGGCAAAGGGGUGAGGGAGAGGCUGUGGCCGCAGGAGCAGCGAUCAAGGAAGUGAGUCUCUUCCCGGGAGGGCCGGGCAAGCGGGUGCUAGAGUCUGAGAGCCUCGGUCUCCUGCCCUGAGCCUCCCAACCGGUGCUAUCUGUUAUCUGACCAUGCUCGUGGACAGCAUACCCUACUCUGCCCCAGACCCUGCAGGCGCCUCGGGAGGCGCCCAAAGGACUCCCUUCGGUUGGUGCAUCUGCUCCGUGGUCCUGAGGGGCCACGGUCUCCAUUUCUGCAUCUUGCAUGACCAGGCACUGGGAUGGGGUGGCGCGCCCCAAGACCCUUGUUUGCGUCAAGAAUGACUUGUUCUGCCCCUCCCGUCGCUCCUGCUUCUGUCCCAGUCGGGGCAGCCCAGCCGGCACCAGUUUGCGAGUGUCCUGCUUCCACCCUCCCCUCAUCUGCGCUGCGCUGCUUUGCUCAGACCCCUUUCCGCCAGGCAAGGGGAGUUCUUGAAAUUAAAUAAAAGGUGUCCAGAUUGCA